AUGGCCGUGCCGAUCCCACAACGGCGCCCCGGGCAUAUCGUUGCCUUGGAGGGUCCCUCGGAGCUCGUGUCGACUCAAUUGCGUCUUCUCCCGGCCUCCCCCCAGAUCCUCGUCCUUCCAAGUCUUCAAAAUUACUUGAAGGACCUCGAGCCGGACACACCUUUCGACCCACGGGAGCUCAUCCGCCGUUAUCGCACUGCUUCCCUGAAUCGACACACAGAGGCCUUGGAGUUCUUGAGGCCUUCGGCAUCAACAGGCGAGAAGCGACUUGUCUUCCUGCACGGGGGCACCAUGUCGGCCCAGGUGUCAUGUCUCUCGACCAUCAUGGAGCAUGAGCCGGAUGGCGAUAUCGAAGAAGCUCAUGCCACUGUGGCGAUGGACGACGAUUUUGAGCCGACCAUACUCGAUCGAGCGCCGAGUCGACGGUACGAAUGGGGCGGAUACAUGAACGACGCCGGCGGCGACUCUUUCGAGGACCGUAUCAUCCGCGCCAUGAGAGCUGCAGACGCACUGGACAAAGAGACCGAGUUUCUCCAGCCGCUCACGCCAGACAUGGAUCUCACAGUUAAGCUAGUCGAUAUCCCACCGUCCAAAAAGCGGCUGAGCUCAACCGUUGCCGAGUCUUCCGAAAUUCUUCGGGGGCCCAGACCGCCUUCACCAAGCGACGGCCAGACGAGACUUUACGAGGACCCGGCUCCUCGUGUCUCACUCGACGCCACAGCGGCGCCUCGCAAGCCGCCGCUGAGGAUCCACAUCCCGUCCUCGCCGAUAGCCUGGGCUGGUGAUGCGGCACUUGGCGGCAACCGGUCCAAUGUCUACCACCCACAGGGUCAGGUACCCGGGGUUCUAUCUCACAAAAGAUCACGGACCGCCGAGUCGAACUUGUCGCCGAAGCAACAGCCGACUGGCCAUAACAACACUCAAGAGGAUGUGGUUGUGUCGGAGUUGCCAAAUGACCAAUUGCCUCCCAAUGGGGAUGGAAAUUCAAAUGAACCACCCACCUCUCGACCACCUGACACAAUAGAGCAGCAGCCUUUCGAGUCGGUGUUACCACUUUUGGAGGAUCUCGUCGUCUUCUUCACCCCCGAGACGCCCGACAAACUGCAGAACUUUGUUUUUAGACGUCUAAGUGAAGGGUAUAAGACACCUCGCCAAUCAAUAUCGGUAUCGGGGCCUUUGGUGCCCCAUUAUGAUGCUUUCCAAGGCACAAGCCACCUGGCAAUAGGCGAUGGUCAAGAUGCGAGCCAAGGUCAACCAGAGGACGGCGAUGCUGGCGCAGUCGUGCCCUGGACGCGAAAAGACUUGGUUCAUGGCCUCCCCACCCCGAAUCACUCUCCAAACCCGCUAGAUGCCUCGUCUGUAGCCACGCCGCUGAUGGACACGAGGUUCUACAGUAUCAGCGUUGGGCAGGAGACGGCAGCUUCCAUACAGAACUUUUUGCGGUCGUUCCUCGGCUCCCAGUUCCCGUUACAAGACCGGCGUUUUUCGGCCGCCGAUGGCGCCGACUUCCCAGCGGAAACUGGCCUGUGGAGGGCUUUGGAGUGCGACGGACAGGCCGAGCCUAAUGAUGGCGAGAGAAGGCUCGACUUGAUCAUGGCCGUUGGGUCCGAGAGUGGGGUGACCAAAAACCGUCUAUCAGAGAUCAUCGGGCAAAUCGAGAAACUGGGGUUCAAGACGAGCGGGCUGUCGCGAAGCGGGCGAUUAGAUAUUAGAUAUCUUAUCGCCAACGCGAUGCAGGCGUUUACCGCCCAGCCUCUCACCAAACAGACCCAAAGCAAUCCCUUUGCCGACCGCGCUCUGCUCGCCGCGCUGAUCAUCCCUCACCUCGAAACGUACCUGGCCACUCACCCGGAUGUGCGCUUCCUGCUCAUUGAGUAUCCUUCCGAGCAUCUCCCGACCGUCCUGGCCCUCCAGACGCUCAUUGGGACAGAGAUGAUGAAGGUCGUGGGCAUCAUCGACGGUGAUGUCUCGACCCCGGUGCAGCAGUCUCUGUCGGCACCGGACACAAACCGCCGUUCGAGCGAGGGCUUCCGGUCUCUCAACCGUCGGGGGUCGCGCAAGUCCGGCGCCUUCGUCGGGCCCUGCUCCUUUUCUAAGGCCAAUUUUCUCCUCGCUUCGUCCGCUACCGGAUUUGAGACUGCGGCGUUCGUCGCUGCGAUCCGCGAGAGUUUGAUCUCCAUAUCGGAUUAUUACAUGCCAGAACGCCCGCUCUAUAAGCACCCCGAACCGCAAUCCCCGCCGAGAAAGAGCCGUCCGAGUCUUUCAGUUAGCACUGAGUCGGCCGACGUGAAACCGCACUCGGAGAAAGCCCCCCUGGUAUCCACGUCAACCCUCAUCACCCCGCCAUCUUCUCCGACCGAAUCAUCGUCGACGCCAGCGCACCCACCUCAUCACGUCAACCCGCGAAGCAUUCCCCCACGGUCCUCGUCCUCGGCAACAGCGUCGCCGCCUGGCCGGGGGCGUCGCUCCACUCGGGCUUCCUUCACCGAUGAUUUCUCAAGCAGUGGCCGCGUGCAAUGGGGAGAGGUCAACUACGACACUCCCCCUGUCCCCCCUUUGCCCGCUGCACACGCCACCACAAACCAGACCAUCGCGAAGACUACAUACAGCUCCCGCCAUCAAAAGAAGCACUCGGAUCCCCUCUCGCCGCGUGGCAUCGCCCCGCCAUCAGCUUUGACACUACCACCCACAUCGACGGCGGUAUCCAACGGCGGCCAGGCAGAUAACGAAUCCAUCGAGCCCUCAGAGUCCCCACCCGAAUAUACCGCUGCUGCUCCUGUUGCCGUCAACCACAAUGAUGAUGAGGAUUACUACAGUGAUGACUCGGAGCCAGACCCGGAAGAGCGCCGGCUGAUGCCGCUGUACCUCCGGCGACGCGAGGAGAUUGAGAGGGGGCGGAGUAGCAAGGCUAUGCGGUGGUUGGGCCUGGUGUAA